AAUGGAGAGUUCUCUAUUAAAAAGUGAUAUGAUAAAAUUUAUCAAAAAGUCUAAAUAUAACGAAGAUCUUAGAAUAAAUAAAUAGAAAUUAGAAGGUAGUUUAGUGGAUAAAAUAAAUCAUAAAUUAAUGAAAAAAGAAAGACUGAAAAUGUGUGAAACUGAUUCAAUUGAUUAAAAACCUUAAUAAUCAGUUAAAUAGAGGAUAUAAAUCAGAUUAUCAAUUUAAUAGAACGGCAAAAUUUCGUCAGAGAUUUGUAAAACUACAAUUAUAAAAAUAAAUAAAAUAUAUCAUUAAGUAUAAGCUAAGGAAAUCCGAGCAAAAUGCCACUAAAUAAAUUAUAAUGAUUAAUAUAAUUAGAAUGAACCAAAGUAAUUACAUAAUUAUUUAAACAUGAUUAAAAGAAUUAGAAAACAUUUUACAUAAAUUAAGACAGAAGGGUAAUAAAAUAAAAAACUGAAUUAAUUAUUUUAAAUGUUUCAUUCGAAGUAAAAUAUGAAAAAUAAUCAUAUGAUAAAAACUUUUUGGUAUAAUAGAGGUAUUAAAUACAUAAAAGAUAAUUUUGUCACUGUUUUGCGUUGUUUUAAAGAAGCCUUAAUUGCUAAUCCCUUAGAAUCUAAAGCUAUAUAGUUAGUGGCUAGAAUAUAUGAAAAAAUUGGGAAAAACAUGACUGCAAAAAGUGGUUUCAGUAGCUUUAUAAUUUUCAGAUACAAAUCUAAUUAAAUUUGUUAUACACUUUGUUUAUACAAAACUGAAUCUUCUAAAAUUUUGUGGCAAUUCUUGGAUUUAAUAAUUUUUAAUGAUAAUUCCAAAGAUAGAUCAUUAUUGGUUUAUUUUAAGGGAAUCAAAGUGCAAAAAGAAUUUUUAAUUUAGAAAAAGCUGCAGAAGAUUAAAAAUUUGUUAAAGAAUCCUCAAGAACUACAAAUUAUAGUCUUUAUAUUCAUUUUAUGUUGGCCAUAUUAUUUAGAUAAAAAGAUAAUAGUUUAUGAAUUGAUGGAAUAGUAACAUCUCAAAAAAAAAUACAGUUUUAUUUAAUGA